CAAGACUCAAUUGCUGAGGUAUAUUAUAUUCAAAAGAUUGCUGGGUUAUAUCUUAUAUUCGGGACACUCUGGGUUAUAUCUUAUGUUCGUGGCACUCCUGGUUAUAUCUUAUGUUCGGGACACUUGGGUCUCGAACUGGAUAAUCAGACACUUCAAGAAAAUCAGAAACCUACAGCAAACUUUAACACAUAAACAGGAAAACUUCACCGCGCCAGUUACAGAACAGAAACGAAACUGGAGAACACAAAAUGAGCUCGAGACAAGGUGGAAGAAAACAGAGACUGAAGACUUGGAGGAUAACCAAUCAGAUUCGUAUUCCUCCGAUUCAGAGGAGGAAAUCGACUAUGGUUGGGACAUCAAAACCAGCAAUGAAGACUCUUUGAAACAGUUAAACGAAAAUAUAGACCGUAACAUUAAGUCGAAAGAAUACAUCGCCGCAAAGAAAGCUCUCGUGGAUCAAAGGAAACAGGCUGGAAAUUCGUUUGAUGGAAAUCAAGACUGACAAGACAAAUAGGAAAAGGAAUAUGAUCAAAAAAGGAAUAUUAAUUAAUUAAAAUGAUGUGUAUAGUACUUAAUUUACUUUAUAACAUUUAUAGUACGC